AUGGAAAUAUCAGACCUCACUCAGAAUUUUAUCGACUUGUGCUCGCCUAGCCCUAAAAGGAAGCCAAAGGGGAGAUCGGCCAACCUUCCUGCCCUGCACAUACAGCGGAAUGUUUUUGUGUCAUCUGAUGAACCAAGCUCUGGUUCCGACUCUGAAACUCUGGUCGUUAGUACUCCUAUCAGGCGUCGAUUCAAAAUUGAAAGCCCAGACAGAGGUGAAAGCCUGGAUGGUAGUCAAUCUGUUAUUGAUCUUUCCACACCAAAUCAAGUCUCAGUAAUGCCAAUCAAGCGAGAAAUCAAGGCAGAAAAACCAGACCCACCUCAUGUCAUCGACAUCCGCACACCUGAAUCCAAUCCUGUGCUCAUGGACAGUAAAUCUGCUCCUGCCACGCAUUCUCUGGUCAAAGUUACUCCAGGCAUAGUGCGCUUGGGGGCACUGUUUCAUUCUUGGGAGGAGGCCCGGGAUGCGGUAUACGCACAUGAGGAGUGUUUGGGGCACUGCUGGAGGAUUGGUCAAAGCAAAAUGGAUACUUGCGGAAACCGAAAGAAGGUUACCUUGCAAUGCAACCACUACCGCCAGCAUCUUCCCAUUCAUUCUGUUAAAAUCGAUCUGGCAGAUCAUCGAAAGGGCAAAUCAAUCAGGACAAGCUGUGAGGCUUGUGUUAAUGUCAAUAGAAUUCAAGAUGCAGGUAUAUGGAAGGUUACCUUGACCGAAUGGGAGCAUAACCAUCCACGCGAAAUCCCAGAAGAUGGUUCCAUUCGACGGCCUGUUACCAAAGAGCAAAAGGUUGUGAUUUCUCAGCUUGCAAGUGCCACAACCCAGCAAUUUUCUCGGGGCCAAAUUGCUGAGGUCCUGAACACACAAACUGGAGAACACAAACUCAAACCUUGUCAGAUUUCAAAUGUGAUGAGCCAGGCACAAUGGGAAGCAAAGGAUGAGGUGGAAAGACUUGGUGGUGACAUGAAUGCGAUUAGUGAUGUGCAGGCCAGGCUUGGCCUGAAAGCCACGGCUAUGGCCCAGCUUUGCACGGCUCAGGCUCAUCCAAUUUCAAGCCUGAGCUUUUUGCAAGGCUUUAGGCUGGCUCAGGCCUGGCUCAGGCUCAGGCCACGGCUCAUGGGCUAA